AUGGAUGCAGGGAACCAAACAGGUGUCUUGGAAUUCCUCCUCCUGGGCCUCUCCGAGGACCUAGAAUGGCAGCCCCUCCUCUUUGGUCUGUUCUUGUCCAUGUACCUGGUCUCUGUGCUUGGGAACCUGCUCAUCAUCCUGGCCAUCAGCUCUGACUCCCGCCUCCACACCCCCAUGUACUUCUUCCUCUCCCACCUCUCCUUUUCUGAUAUAUGUUUCAAUUCCACCAUUGUCCCCAAGAUGCUGGUGAACAUCCAGACAGCAAGCAAAGCCAUCACCUAUGGAGGCUGCAUCACCCAGAUGUAUUUUUACUUGGUCUUUUUGUAUCUGGACCACUUCCUCCUAACCGUGAUGGCCUAUGACCACUUUGUGACAAUCUGUGGCCUGUUGGCUCUAGUCUCUUGGUCCGUCAGUAUCCUGGUCACCCUCCUCCACAGUCUGAUGGUGCUGCGUCUCUCGAUCUGCACACACACAGAAAUUCCCCACUUCUUCUGUGAGUUGACUGAGGUGCUCCAGUCCUCCUGUUCUGAUGCUCUCAGCAAUUACAUUGUGCUGUUUUCUGUGACUGGCCUGCUGGGUAUUCCUCCACUGACUGGGAUCCUUUUCUCUUACUCUAGGAUUCUUUCCUCCAUAUUGAAAAUGUCUUCAACAGAGGGGAGGUACAAAGCAUUUUCUACCUGUGGGUCUCACCUAACAGUCAUUUCCUUAUUGUACGGGACAGGGUUAGGCAUGUACCUCAGUUCUGCUUUUCCAAGGAUUUCCUUUUGCCACUUUUGUACCCCCUUUUCUCUGCACAAAUGUUCAUUCUUUGUCUCCUCUACCUAA